AUGUCUUCUUUACCGGCCAUGAGAACUAGCCCUCGCUUCAUCUUCUUUACGGACUUCGACGGCACAAUAACGCUACGCGACUCAAAUGAUUUCUUGACAGAUAAUUUUGGUUUCGGGCGCGAGCGUAGGGUGCAAGGGAACCAAGAUGUACUUCACGGGAAGAUGAGUUUUCGGGAAUCUUUUCAAGAAAUGCUGGACUCUGUAACAAAACCCUUCAACCAAUGUAUUGAAGCAUUACUAGAGAAUAUUAAGUUGGACCCUCACUUUUUGGAUUUCUACGAGUACUGCGCGAGUGAGAACAUUCCAAUCGUGGUUUUAAGCGGAGGUAUGGAGCCAGUCAUUCAGGCUCUACUAGAACAUCUCAUCGGAGGAAAGGCUCAUAACAUACAAAUUGUCAGUAAUCAGGUCAAACCGCGGAAUGGAAAAGAUAUCAACGAGGAAGGCGGAUGGGAUAUUCAGUAUCAUGAUGAUAGUCAUUAUGGGCACGACAAGAGCUUAGAAAUCAAGCCCUACGCAAAGCUACCUAGCGAUAUCAGACCAACUCUAUUUUAUGCUGGUGACGGAGUAUCAGACAUUUCCGCAGCUCAAGAGACCGAUUUGCUUUUUGCGAAAAAAGAUUAUGAUCUUGAUAAGUACUGUAGCAAGCAUGGUUUACCAGCAGUUUUAUUUCGUGACUGGUCGACUAUCUUGUCAACAGUUAGGAGCCUUAGCUCUGGCGAGACAACAUUAGAGAAAAUAGUUGCAGACCUCCAAGCAAAUUAA